UACAUCAUGUGUCAUGGCCUUUUAAGAAAAAUGGGAAACAGUGGGACUGGGAGUGACGUCUAUGCGCGUACACACAGUGUCUCUCUCACACACAAACUGAAGCCGGAGGCAAACUGACACUUGCGGAGCGGCGAGAGACAGCGAGUGAGAAACGUCUGUUGGGCCGUCUGGUGAAACCAUCUCGCCAUGCGUGAAUACAAGCUAGUGGUGUUAGGCUCUGGAGGUGUGGGCAAGUCUGCUCUGACAGUUCAGUUUGUACAGGGAAUCUUUGUGGAAAAAUACGACCCUACAAUAGAAGACUCGUACAGAAAGCAAGUGGAAGUAGAUGGGCAACAAUGUAUGCUUGAAAUUCUUGACACAGCAGGCACAGAACAGUUCACGGCGAUGAGGGACUUGUACAUGAAGAACGGUCAAGGCUUCGCCCUGGUUUACUCCAUCACAGCACAGUCAACCUUCAACGACCUGCAGGACCUGAGGGAACAGAUCCUACGAGUAAAGGACACAGAGGAUGUGCCGAUGAUUCUGGUGGGGAACAAAUGUGACUUGGAGGAUGAGCGUGUGGUGGGGAAGGAGCAGGGUCAGAACCUGGCCAGACAGUGGAACCACUGUGCCUUUUUAGAGUCGUCUGCUAAGUCAAAGAUCAACGUCCUUGAUAUCUUCUAUGACCUGGUCAGACAGAUAAAUAGGAAAACACCAGUGGAAAAGAAGAAAGCGAAAAAGAAAUCCAACUGUGUCCUGCUUUAAAACUCCUCCCUCCAGCCCCUGCAGCAGGUCUGAGCCAGAAAUGCUGUAAUGAAGAACUGUUGCCCUGAUUGGAACGUGCCAGCAUUCCAACAGCCCUGGCCCCCACCCUGCACCCCCUCCCUCCAUCAGCCACAAACGGUGAAAUCAGCUGACUGAACUGCUCCUAUCAAAGACAAGGAUCUACGCAGGGAGAAUGAUUAAACAGAUGAAGAGAAUAAAGGAGAGAGAGAGAGAAAGAAGAAAGAAAGACAGUGGGAAAGAGAGAGUGAGAGAGAGAGAGCGAAGGACAGAGAAGACUGUGGUCUCUCAUCUUUAACGACCGUCCUCUGUGUCUCAGUUCCAGUGUGAACCCUGAACGGACCGUCUCCAUUUCAAGCACCACUAACUGAUAACGAUGAUAAUGAUGAUGUAAUUGCAGUGAAGCCUCUGAAAUCCUCCGCAUUUCUAAUAUUUUUUUUGUCAGUUAACAACCAGAAAGCAUCAGAGUUAAAGAAAGGAAAACAACGCUAGAACUUGGAUUAAGUUUUUUUUUUCCAUCCUUUUUUGAAAGACAUGGAAGUUGACCCUUUUUUUUAGUUGUAUGAUUUAUUAUUCAAAAAACAAGCAUGAAAAAAGAGUCCUUAUUAAAGUGUAGAUGUUAUCAAGUGAAACCAUGUGGAAAAGUGAGGAUUUUUUUUAUAGCCAUACACACUAUCGUCCGUGCCUGUUAUGUCAGUGGUAAUAGAUUGAGGUCUAUGAUAUGUGUUGUUAUUUUUAUUAUAAUUAUUAUUAUUAUAUAUUUUGUUUUUCUUUGUUUGCCCUGUUGUUCAUGGACUUCUCUUCAGCAGAUAACUCUCUUUGAUGUGACUUCAUUUUAUACUCAGUCACUGGGAUUUCAUAGCUCCCAUAAUAUAUUCUCAUUUUUUUGCAAAUUAAUGCUUCGAAAAAAAUGGGCCUUUUUAUAGAAGAAUAUGGGGGGGGGGAGGGGGUACGAAUUGAUUUCUAUGUCUCUUGAAGCUGAAAAUAUAUUAUACUAAACCAACUCUAAUAAUGCUUCCUGUGUUUUUCUGUCAAUGAUGUUCCAGCUUUUAUGGAUUAUUAAAGUACAUUUUAGUACAUUUUCAUUAUAUUGGUCAAUGUAUUUUUGUGAAUUAAACUUUUAUUCAAA